AUGACAGCUGGUGAUGUUGAAUGGGCCAUUCUCUCAGGCAGCCUCACGGUCUGGUGUGGCUGGGAGCUCCGAGGAUCUGAACCCAAGGUAGAAGCCACCGGAGAGGGAGAUAGAGCCGAGGAGGAAGACGCAGGUACCUUCGGAUCCGAUCUUGAUUGGGAAGCCACCAAAGUCGAAGGUGCCGGAACCUCUGGAUCCAGGGCGGCAAAGCUGUUUCUGGUCUGUGUCACUUCCGGGCUCAACAUCUCCAUGGAGACCUCCGUUGCCAGAGGACGCCUUCUUCGACUUUCACGAAUAGUCUACAGCAAUGGCUCCAACAGUAUCAACAUUACCAGAACAGUCUACAGCAAUGGCUCCAACUGUAUCAACAUUACCAGAACAGUCUACAACAACGGCUCCAACAGUAUCAACAUUACCAGAACAGUCUACAACAACGGCUCCAACUGUAUCAACAUUACCAGAACAGUCUACAACAACGGCUCCAACAGUAUCAACAUUACCAGAACAGUCUACAACAACGGCUCCAACAGUAUCAACAUUACCAGAACAGUCUACAACAACGGCUCCAACAGUAUCAACAUUACCAGAACAGUCUACAGCAACGGCUCCAACAGUAUCAACAUUACCAGAACAGUCUACAGCAACGGCUCCAACAGUAUCAACAUUACCAGAACAGUCUACAACAAUGGCUCCAACAGUAUCAACAUUACCAAAACAGUCUACAACAACGGCUCCAACAGUAUCAACAUUACCAGAACAGUCUACAACAAUGGCUCCAACAGUAUCAACAUUACCAGAACAGUCUACAACAACGGCUCCAACAGUAUCAACAUUACCAGAACAGUCUACAACAAUGGCUCCAACAGUAUCAACAUUACCAGAACAGUCUACAACAACGGCUCCAACAGUAUCAACAUUACCAGAACAGUCUACAACAACGGCUCCAACAGUAUCAACAUUACCAGAACAGUCUACAACAACGGCUCCAACAGUAUCAACAUUACCAGAACAGUCUACAGCAAUGGCUCCAACAGUAUCAACAUUACCAGAACAGUCUACAACAACGGCUCCAACUGUAUCAACAUUACCAGAACAGUCUACAGCAACGGCUCCAACAGUAUCAACAUUACCAGAACAGUCUACAACAAUGGCUCCAACAGUAUCAACAUUACCAGAACAGUCUACAACAACGGCUCCAACAGUAUCAACAUUACCAGAACAGUCUACAACAAUGGCUCCAACAGUAUCAACAUUACCAGAACAGUCUACAACAACGGCUCCAACAGUAUCAACAUUACCAGAACAGUCUACAACAACGGCUCCAACAGUAUCAACAUUACCAGAACAGUCUACAACAACGGCUCCAACAGUAUCAACAUUACCAGAACAGUCUACAGCAACGGCUCCAACAGUAUCAGCAUUACCAGAACAGUCUACAACAACGGCUCCAACAGUAUCAACAUUACCAGAACAGUCUACAACAACGGCUCCAACAGUAUCAACAUUACCAGAACAGUCUACAGCAACGGCUCCAACAGUAUCAACAUUACCAGAGCAGUCUACAGCAACGGCUCCAACAGUAGCAACAUUACCAGAACAGUCUACAACAACGGCUCCAACAGUAUCAACAUUACCAGAACAGUCUACAACAACGGCUCCAACAGUAUCAACAUUACCAGAACAGUCUACAGCAACGGCUCCAACAGUAUCAACAUUACCAGAACAGUCUACAACAACGGUUCCAACAGUAUCAACAUUACCAGAACAGUCUACAGCAACGGCUCCAACAGUAUCAACCUUACCAGAACAGUCUACAACAACGGCUCCAACAGUAUCAACAUUACCAGAACAGUCUACAGCAACGGCUCCAACAGUAUCAACAUUACCAGAACAGUCUACAACAACGGCUCCAACAGUAUCAACAUUACCAGAACAGUCUACAGCAAUGGCCCCAACUGUUUCAACAUUACCAGAACAGUCUACAGCAACGGCUCCAACAGUAUCAACAUUACCAGAACAGUCUACAACAACGGCUCCAACUGUUUCAACAUUACCAGAACAGUCUACAACAACGGCUCCAACAGUAUCAACAUUACCAGAACAGUCUACAGCAAUGGCCCCAACUGUUUCAACAUUACCAGAACAGUCUACAACAACGGCUCCAACUGUUUCAACAUUACCAGAACAGUCUACAACAACGGCUCCAACAGUAUCAACAUUACCAGAACAGUCUACAACAACGGCUCCAACUGUUUCAACAUUACCAGAACAGUCUACAACAAUGGCUCCAACAGUAUCAACAUUACCAGAACAGUCUACAGCAAUGGCUCCAACAGUAUCAACAUUACCAGAACAGUCUACAACAACGGCUCCAACAGUAUCAACAUUACCAGAACAGUCUACAACAACGGCUCCAACAGUAUCAACAUUACCAGAACAGUCUACAACAACGGCUCCAACAGUAUCAAUAUUACCAGAACAGUCUACAACAACGACUCCAACAGUAUCAACAUUACCAGAACAGUCUACAGCAACGGCUCCAACAGUAUCAACAUUAUCAGAACAGUCUACAACAACGGCUCCAACAGUAUCAUGGCCCCUGCAUGGAGAAAGAGUAAUAUGUUUAGACACCCUCACACCGACACCCUCACACACCGACACAGACACCCUCACACCGACACCCUCACACCGACACCCUCACACCGACACCCUCACACCGACACCCUCACACCGACACCCUCACACCGACACCCUCACACAGACACCCUCACACCGACAACCUCACACCGACACCCUCACACCACCCUCACACCGACACCCUCACACAGACACCCUCACACAACCUCACACCGACACCCUCACACCACCCUCACACCACACCCUCACACCGACACCCUCACACCGACACCGACACCCUCACACCCUCACACCGACACCCUCACACCAACACACUUUUAG